AUGGCUUCCAGUUCUUCUUCUUUUUCCCGUUGUUCUUUUUCUUCUUCUACUCCAACACUAAAGUACAAAGUUUUUCUUAGUUUCCGGGGUGAGGAGACUCGGAAAAACUUUACAAGUCAACUGUAUGAUGCCUUCAACCGGGAAAACAUUAAUACUUUCACUGAUUAUAAACUUAACAGAGGAGAAGAAGAUUCUCCAGCUCUUCUUACUGCAAUCGAACAGUCAAAGAUCUCAGUUAUCAUUUUCUCUGAAGGGUACGGUUCUUCGAGCUGGUAUCUCAAAGAACUUGAAAAGAUCCUUGAAUGCAAGAACAAGUACGGUCAGAUUGUAAUUCCGAUCUUUUAUCGCGUAGAUCCAUCAGAUGUAAGCCAUCAAGAGGGAGAAUUUGGAAAGGCAUUUUCCCAGCUUGAAGAUCGUUUUAAGGUUAAAGAUCCAGGGUUGUUGCAAAGAUGGAAGACUGCUUUGACGGAAACAAGCAAUCUGGGUGGCUUUGUUUCAAAUAACACUAGAGAUGAAUCAGCACUUGUAAACGAUAUUGUUGAGGAUAUUUUGAAGAAAUUGAAUGAUGAGUACUUGGAAAUUCUUGUAGGGUUGGACUCAAAAAUUGAGAAAAUUGAAAAUUUAUUAUCGUCCAAUGUUCGCAAGUUAGGAAUUUGGGACAUUAGAGGUAUAGGCAAGACAACUCUUGCUGGUGCUAUAUUCAGAAAGAUAUCUAAAAAAUUUGAAGCUUCUUACUUCAUUCGGAACAUUAGAGAAGAAUCAAAGAAAAGUGAAGGCUUAAAUGACUUGCGCCAAAGACUUAGUUCAAAAGUUUUCGGGGACAAAAAUCCCAAUAUCAGAUUCACCUUGCAAAAAAGAAGGCUUGGCUGUGCUCUUAUUGUUUUCGAUGAUGUGACAAAGUUAGAACAAAUGGAAUGUUUAAUGGAGGAUUUUGACUACUCGGACUCUGAAAGUCGAAUAAUCAUAACAACAAGGGAUGAGCAAGUUCUAAUAAAAUAUGGUGUGGAUCCCAUACACAUAAUCAAGAUGGAAGAAUUGUCUAGGGAUGAAGCUUUUCAGCUUUUUAACAAAUAUUCAUUUGGAGAAAGCGGCCCAACAGAAGAUUAUUCUGAGCUAUCAUCAAGGGCAGUAACAUAUGGGGUGUUCCAAUAG